AUGUACAAAGAAACCUCGUCAAAUGAAUGGAAAGAAGCAGCCAAUACACUUGGUGCGAAUGCGAAGUUCGAGAUAAAGAAGUAUAAAUGUUCUGGAAUGAUAAUGGAGAGGAAUUGGGAAACAAGAAAAGCUGACAAGGAUUUUGAAGGCUUACAAGAAACAUCGAUUUCAACUCUCGGUCUCAUAUAUAUUACUUUUUGGUAA